AUGACUUGCGGAAUUGCUGGCGCUGGAAAGUCAACUCUCGCCAAAGCUAUUGUGACUCAACUUCCAAACUUUAAGCGACUUUCGAAUGACCAGAUCAUCUACGAGUCUCACGGUCUUUACAAAAUUGACUACCCCGCAGAUCAGUAUGAAACAUACCAGGAAGAAGCAAGCCAGAAGCUUAUCGCAGAGCUUGAACGUAUCCUGCAAGACAAGUUCAACGAUGUAGUACUAGACUUAUCGUUCUAUGAUAAAGAGUACCGCGAUGAGUACAAAGAUAUUAUUGAACGUAACGGCGGUCGUUGGGUGCUGGUAUACCUUAAUGCUAGCCGAGAUCUUCUGUGGAGCCGGAUUCAACAACGAAGAGCCGAGAGGGACUCAUUAGACGCGAAGGAUCCUGAGAGAAAUGGUGACUCAGCUUUUGAUAUCGACGAUAAGACAUUUGAUAUGUAUUUGUGCGGGUUUGAGCCACCAAAUGGCGAAGGAGAAAUCGACAUAAAGGUAGAAUGA